GAGUGACGUCAUCGGUGAGCGCCCAUUCAGCGGGACUGCAGUGCCAUUUGAAACAAGCGCAUUUGUAGCGGCAUCGGAAAAGUCUCUUUGCACCGUGAUACCCGUCUUUAGACUGACCCAAAAUGAUUGAUAUGAUCGAGAAGGAGGACCCGGUCAUCAGUGAGGAGGAGGCGGCCCAGUACGACCGUCAAAUCCGUUUGUGGGGGCUAGAUGCACAGAAGAGAUUGCGAGGGUCCCGUGUGCUCCUGGCUGGUUUAGGUGGUCUGGGGGCUGAAGUGGCCAAGAAUUUAAUCCUGGCUGGAGUUAAAGGUCUCACUUUGCUGGAUCAUGAACAGGUGACGGAAGAGUCGUGCCGAGCUCAGUUCCUGGUUCCGGUGACGGCUCAGGGUCAGAAUCGAGCCCAGGCCUCUCUGGAGCGAGGGCAGAAUCUCAACCCCAUGGUGAAGGUCCACGCAGACCAAGAUCGAGUCGAAGACAAGCCAGAUGACUUCUUCCUGCAAUUUGAUGCGGUGUGUCUGACAGGCUGCUCCAGAGACCUGAUGGUGCGGAUCGAUCAGCUGUGUUCCAAGCACAACAUCAAGGUCUUCUGCGGGGACGUCUACGGUUACUACGGCUACAUGUUCUGCAACCUCGGGAAAGAGCACAGCUACGUUGAAGAGAAACCAAAAAUGGUGAAACCAACUGGAAAUUCUAGCGACGGUCCAGAGGCAAAGAAGGCCAAAAUCGACCCCAAUGAGACCACCAUGGUGAAAAAGAUGGCCAGUUUCUGCACUCUGAAGGAAGCUCUGGAGGUCGACUGGACAACUGAGAAGGCCAAAGCCGGGAUGAAGAGAACACCAGUGGACUACUUCAUGUUGCACGUUCUGUUGACGUUUCGCACCGACAAAGGUCGUGACCCCGACCCGCUGGCCUUCCCAGAGGACAGUCGGCUCCUGAGAAAGAUCCGUGAAGACGUGCUGGAGACCUUGGCAGUGAGCGCUGACCUCCUGAAUGAUGACUUCAUCAGCUACUGCUUCUCCGAGAUGUCUCCGGUGUGCGCCGUCGUAGGAGGAGUCCUGGGUCAGGAAGUUGUCAAGGCUCUCUCCCAAAGAGACGCUCCUCACCGGAACUUCUUCUUCUUCGAUGGUCGUAAAGGCAACGGCGUGGUCGACUACUUUGGACCGAACUAAACCGCUUUUUACACAAGUUUAUGUAUUUUAUGUAUGUUCUUGCGCCACAACUCACAACAAAUUACUCUAGUGUUUCAAUUUUUGGCAUUUGGUCUCUUUUUUCUUUUUUUUUUUACAUUUGCUAAUAAAACAAUGUUAAGUGAAUGA